AUGUAUCCUCAAUUACAGACCCCACCUAUAAGGCACAAAAACCUAGUGUGUUGUAAGAGUUCUUCACUGUCCUCUUUCCCCUUACCGCUACAGCACUGCGAUCACCGAUGCAUAACGAAACAAGAGCUGGAGGAUCACGUGCGUUUCAAGCACAGCGACAAACGCGACUUUAAAUGUCCUGACUGUCAAGCUACCUUCAAGGUGAGUUCCUGCUCUUUUAUCCUUCUCUACCUUUUUCCCUUUAUAGCUUCAUUUCACUCUCUUCCAUCCUCUACACCAGGAACCUUGAGUCGGCAUCAGAAGACGCAUACUGACAUUUCCUUCCUCUGUAACCAAUGCGACGCUUCCUUCAACCGUAUGAGCAACCUUAAACGUCACAAGGACUCCGUCCACUCUGUUACUGGUGGAAAUCGACGCGGACGCGGCAGGCCGCAGAAAACCAACCGGCAGAAGCAGCAGCCACGGAAAACCAUUCUUCAGCAACAGCAUGAACACGAUCGCCAAUCAAUGCCGGUGUCGUCGACCACUUCAGCAGAACCGCUGUGGGAUUACGAGCCUGCUCGUGUGCAUUCCACGACGGGUGAUCAACUUUGCACUUCAGUGACCACCACAACUGGCCUAGAGCCUGUUUAUGUAGUCGCCUUCGAGACGGAUUCAGGGUGGAUCCCAGCUACAACCUCCACAGCCACCAUUACUGAGGAGGGCCUUAUCAUGCAUCAUCCUCCCCCACCAUCGCAACCACCACCUCCGCUCCCCUCGCACACCCUUGCUGCCCCCCGCGGGGACACCAUAUUACCCUGCGUCAGUGACUUUUUCUCCUCAUUCCUUCCUCCCACCUCUCCCUCCACGCAACUUGACGACCAUACCGUCUCCCCUCCUCCACCUCCCCCGCAGGGUCCGUCAACGGCGGUGUCAGGAGUGACGUCCCACCAACCUACUACCCAUCUUUGGCGCUCCGAAGAAGACGUCGAUGAUCUUGGUACCACCAGCGCGGUGCCUGCAGACGACCUCAUUUGCGAUUUCCUAACUUGUGAAGUAGUUGGAGCCGAGGAGGAUGUGGAAGGCACGGGAGCUGUUGGUGUUGGGGGCAACAAUUUCUCCGUUGGCUAUCUUAUUGGUGGAGGUGGAGCUGAAGGAAAUGCCGGUGGUGGAGGGGGUGGCGGGGAAGGGGGCGAGGAAUUACACACAUUACCUUCCUCUGACUGUCUUUCUCUUGUCCCUAUCGUAACUAGUGCUUUUGAGGAGACAAAUACCACUAAUACCAGCGUUGGUACCAAUGUUUCCACCACCUUCCAUCCCUUCUGGAGUGUCUCUUGUUCUUCAACCUCUUGCUCUACUGCCGGCGCUGCUGGCAUUGUUCAUGAAGACUACUCAGGUUUCGAACAGCAGGAGGUUGGGGACAGCAUAUGA